GAUAAUGGCCCACGGUUUGCACUUAAUUUUUCUCACAUUAUCAUUAUGUAUUUCUACGCUUUACAGUCAGUUACCAAAGAAAGAAAAAUACUACGCUAUUAAGGAGGAUAUUCCUCACAUCAAAUGUGAAACAUGUCAAAAGGCGGUUAAGUAUUUAUAUGGCAAAACCCAUGAUAUGCGGACAGCUGAGGGGACAUCAAAACCGAAAAGGCUAGAAGAAGAUAAAGUAAUUGAGCUUGUGGAGAAAUCUUGCAAUCCAGAGAAAGAGGAAGGAAGUUGGAUUUCAAAAAUAGACCUUGUGGAAAAGGAUGGAGAGUUAAGACUUUCUGAGCAAACUGAUGUUGGAAAAUGCAAAAGAGAAUGUCAGACUGUUUCAAAGGCUUGCGAGGAGUCUGUUGGAGAUGUCGACACAGAUCUGGCAGAAUUGCUAUGGAAAGACAAAUUAACUUUAUCUAGACUGAUCAAUGAAGUUUGCUACUCCAUGUCAAGGGUAUGCAAAGGAAAGAAACCAAAGCUGAAGGCUGGAGAAAGAAAAGUUGAUGAAGAGUUUCAUGUGAUGACUGAAGAUGAAAAGAAAGCAGAUGAAGUUCUAAAACAAAUGAGGGGAAUGCCUGGAAUGCCAGGCAUGGAGAUGUACUCCAGGGAGGACAUAGAAAAGAUGAGGGACCAGCUUGGUGAUCACAGAAAAGAAAAUGAUGAGAGUGAAGAAGUGUUGGACAGUGAAGGAAACCUUUUUCAUGGAGAAGGAGUUAGCUUCCUGCAAACAGUUAUGAAUGGACUAUCAUGGCUCUGGUCCUGGCUAAAGAACCUCUUUGGUUUCAGAAAUAGCUCAUCAGGAGAAUUAUGACAUCACAGCAUAUCGUUUAGGGGUUGUGAUAUUAGUGCAGACAUCAUUGUCAAACCUGAUUUCUUUCAGCUAGGAAAUUUGGAAAAUUAUAUUUUGCACUCAAAGUUCUAACAGUUUUGGUGGCUAUAGCAGGAAAAAGUAAUCUUGGGAAGUAAACUUUUUGUACAAGUGGCCAAUUUGGCAGGUGAUUCAGGUGAUAUGAGUGCACAUCCUAAAUUGAUUGCCAGUGAAAUUGCCAGUGGUCUUGAUUAUUUCAAAGAAAAGCAAUCUGGUCAGUUGUAUUAACCCUUUAACUCCCAUGAGUGACCAAGACAUAAUUUCUCCUUACAAUAUCAAUAAAAUAUCAAUCAGACAAGUGAUGAGAAUAAAGGAAAAUAUCAGUCAGGGGAUUGUGGGUUGAUCCAAUUCCAAAUUCUCCAAACUAACAUUAUGUGAAUUGUAUGGCAGACAGUAAGGAGAAUUAUUAAUGAGAUCUUGGGAGUUAAAGGGUUAGGUACAGGUAAUUCAUGUGAUAUUGCACCAAUUGUCCUUUGCCAUUCAUUACUCUCCCUGCCUAAACUCUUAUUUCUGGAGGCCACUUUGUAAGUUAAAGUUUUCAAAUAGUAACUAUCAGGAAAAGUAGAGCUUGGAGCCCUGAUGUUAGAUGUAAGAGGUUGAAUGGUAGUAAUGAUGGUAAAAUUGUUAUUAGUCUCUAAGUUGGAACGACGUUGUCACCAAUGCCACUGAAUAUUGUAAACAGAAUUUUAAUAAUAGUUGCUAAAUAGUUAAUGAUAGUUGCUAAAUAGGCAAUAAACUUUAAAUAUAUUCAAUUUUAUUCCUCUAAAAAUCUCUAUAGACAUGAAACAUCCAUCAUUUUUGUUGCAUUUUCAUCCACUCGAUUUAUUGGUAGUUGUUAGGGAGUAGGAAUAUGUGCAAGGAAAAAUGCAUCCUAAAACUUUUGCAUCAUUGUAUUUUAUACAGAGGUAACAAAUUUAGGAAUUGAGUUUUAAACAGUCAAACUGUUUCAUGUUGUGAUUGAAACAUAUAAUUACCACUUGGUUUCCCUCUUGAAAAUGCUUGUUUAUGGGCUCUCCAUAUUCUUUUGGAUCACCAUCUAGAAUGUAAGCAGAGUAAGAGCCAAAUGGGACACCAGAGGGUGGGGCUCUGCAUUGCUCUUGCACUUCACAUUCAUUCUUAGGGGCAUGUGUCAAGAUUCCUUUCCUAAAGAAAUUUAAAAUGAAAUGGUUUUGGAGAUGCUAAGUCUGACAUAUAUCUGUUAGGUCACUGAUAAUUUUUAAUUUCCAAAAAUAUAUACUGUUAGGUUUUGUGGAAGGACUUGCUAAGGAAUGCUAAAAAAACCAUGUAGAAAAAUUUUUUAUUGAAAUGCAAGAUAUGUAUGGACUCAUUCUAUCGAUGCAACCACAACUUUGAAUCUGAACUGACUUUCCUGCCCCAUUUUUGUUCUAUUUGUGUAUGGUGAUGUUGCAUUGUCACUAUUUAUUGGCCAAGUGACCAACCAUAUUGAAUUUUGAAACUGGUCUAUGAUUUAUUGCCAACUGGCAAUUCUAAUUUUUGGAAUUAAUCUGGAGUUAAAAGUCUGAAAUUAAAAAUA